CGACGUGGGGUGGUGAAGUGACCAUUCCAUCGGGGGGCACCAUGUCUCUCAAGUCCCCCUACCACCCCUCCAACUACCCAGACAACCUCAUCACAACAUGGUCCAUCACCUCAGCCCCAAACACAACCAUCCGAGCCCACUUCUUGACCUUUUCCACCGAAGCCCCCAACGAUGUCUUGAGCAUCUUCGAGGGACACACCACGACCGCCGAUGCGAGGGUGUUGGCCCACUCUGGGGGCGUGGUCCCAGAGGACGUGGAGGCGGAUGGCAACGGAAUGACGAUGCAGUUUGUGACUAAUGAGAAAGUGACGCUGGGAGGUUUUGAUGUUUUGCUGAUGGAGAUUGGUGGCGGAGAAGAUCCGUGUUCUCCCAACCCAUGCUACAAUGAUGGAGCAUGUUCAGUAGCAGGCAGUGGUUAUUCCUGUAUGUGUGUUGUAGGAUACUACGGACCUCGCUGUAAAACAGGGUCUGGCUACACGUGUGUUUGCGCUAAUGGUUACUGGAGGGCGUUAAUAGUUGAUCAUGCCACACAAACUGACAAGAUGAGAAACUCAAACUCCGCAUCGGUAUUCACUCAGGGCAAAGGUGAAAGCCUGACGUACUGGCUCGAGGGACAUGAUCCAAGCUACAAGAUCGACCAAAUCAAGCCACCCAAACAAAACUUGUAAACAACCAGAAUAUUAUCCCAACAUUAUCUGCAACGCAUUUGGAUCAGCAAUUUUUUGUAAAGAGACUGAAGUAUUUUGUAGUCGCCUUUUAAUCUACUACCAUGUGGAAGUUGUAACAAAAAUUCCGUCAUCAAACAAACAGACUGUGAUGGCAGAUCUACCAGCUCACUUCACAUCAGAGAGCU